CAAAGAUACAACAGCGAUGUUGAAUUAAAAUAGUGAGUAGCACUACACCACGGUACAGUUUUAGAAACAAAAACAGAUUGCCAUGGCAACUCAGGAUAUCGAUGGAACGGCACCACCUGAGUCCUGUACACCAAAGGACCUGUUGGAGAUAGUGAGGGGAGGUGGUGAGUUAGUUCUCAUGCCAUCGAGAGCUUAUGACGAAGUCUACCCUGACAUUUACAUCAGUGAAAGGAGCUUUGCUACCAAUAAAAUAUCACUGAAGCAAGUAGGCAUUACGCAUAUCGUCAAUGCUGCGCAAGGAACAAGUAAAUUUGGUCAUGUGAACACAGAUGAGGAGUUCUACAAGGAUACAGGGAUAAGCUUCUAUGCCAUCAAAGCUGUCGAUGUGAUCGGUUUCAAUAUAUCUCCCUUUCUGGAGGCUGCAUCUGACUUCAUAGACAACGCGUUGACGAACAAAGGCAAGGUGCUUGUUCACUGCGUGGAGGGAUUCAGUCGCUCAACCACUGUCGUCAUUGCUUUUCUGAUGAUCAAGAGAAACAUGGACGCCAGAGAGGCCCUCCGGGUGGUCCUAACAAAGCGGGAAGUCUGCCCAAACGAUGGAUUCAUGAAGCAGCUUUGUGAACUGAAUCGUAAAUUGAAGGCAGAAAAACCAUUGUAAAGUCUUGAGUCUUUACACCAUGAAACCUACAUGUGCCUUAAAGACACUGGACACUAUUGGUAACUGUCAAAGACCAGUCUUCUCACUUGGUGUAUCUCAACAUAUGCA